AUAUAGCACAGGCUGUGGAAUAGUGGGCUUGGAAAAAAUGAAAAUCUAGCAAAACUUUGUUUUAAUUUAUUUUAGAAAUAAGUAAAAACAUGUGAGAUGGAGGAGGUAUCCGCUACAGAUAUCAAAACCGUGAAAACACAGACACCGUCUCAAAAAAGUAUUAAUGAAGAAGAUAACCCACAAAAGGAUCCUGUUAUCUUGGAGGACCCAAAAUCUAGACAAGAUCCUACGAGCCAACGCUCGAAAGAAGAACUCAUUACUAUACAAACUUAUACUUCACCAGAUUCAACUGCAAACAAGGAUUUCCAAAGCUCCAUAACCGAAAAUAACGAAAGUAUAGACCAAAUAAUUGCCAAUGGAACUGAAACCGAUUCCGAUCCACUUUAUGAUCAAAAGAGCCUAUCUUAUAUUUCCUCUCCCUCAAAUGGUGAAUGUAGACCUCAAGAUAACCAUAAUAAAUGCGUUGAAGAUAUUGGAUUAGAGACAGUUAACUCUAGGCUUUCUGAGAUUUCACUUGAUUCAGAACUCAGCUCUGAAUUAAGUGAGGAGCUGUUGGAUAAUGAUACUUUAUUAACGAAGAAAAAGAAAAGAGAUUUAAAGAAAACUGAGAGUGUUGAAGAUCCUGAGGAAGAGUUUAGGAGACAUUUUCUCAAGACUUUUCAAGAUUUGCCUAGAUUAUCACAGAUCUCUCUGGACGAUAAACCAAACAAAAUUACACCUAAAGAAAGUACUGAAAAAACUGAAACUAAUGCUGAGGAAGAAAUACCAGAAACUUCCAAUAAAAAAAUAGAGAAGUCAAAAGAAAAUAUUGAUAGCCCUGAUAAAACAUGAAAUUCAACAAAUAUAGAAAAUAAUGAAUCGAAUAUGCAUAUUUCAAAAAUUACCAAAGAGCCUUUAUAAAACAGGAGAUACAACCUCAGUUCAAAAUAAAGUUGCUCAAGAAUAAGAUAAUAUUAAAAAAAAUGUAUUCCUCAUCGAAUCAAAAAAAAUAUGAUAAAGGAGAUUUUAUUAUAAAUUAAAAAUAUUAUGUAAG